CGCACGCCAACGAAAGGCAGCCAUUUGUUUGACAAACCCUCCCACACACACCUCACACGCAAGCGCAGAGCGACAGAGCAGCAUCACAAUGUCUGGUGGCGGGUUUCCCGAGGACAAGCAGCCAGGCGAGCUGUUCAAGGCGAGGGGACAAGAGGCGGCCCAGCGCUUGAUUGGUGUGGAGAAGCUGAAGAUUCUGCGGGAGCGUGUGCGCAAGUGCCAUCGGGAGGAAGGCGUUAACCACUUUGAGAACUGUGCGGAACCCGUCGAUGCAUACCUCAAGGCGCUCGAGGCACACAAGCAACAAAAGAACGCGCUCUGAGUUGUCGACCCGAGUUGGUUUUGUGGUUGUUUGUCUCUGAAGUGUCCCUCAUGCCGUCGUUUCGCGUGUUCGUCUGACUAUGCCGCUUUGGUUUUGUUUCGGGUUGCGGCCCCUUCGCUGUCUUGCCUGUCUUGUGUGUGUUUCGCCCUCAAUUGAACACCACCAUCCCUG